ACAUACGACGCUAUUAUGGCCGAGCAUGACGUCACGGGGGGCAAUCAACUCCAAAGUGCCUGGAAUCAGAGAACCGACUCUUUCCGGAAUCGACUCCCAAGUCUAUUAAAGGCUGUCGGGAGCUGCAGCGAGUUCACACCAGUUUUGGGGCCUUUGACCUCAAACAUGGCCUCAUUGCAGCCUGCCAUCGUCCUGCUCCUGCUUCUGACUCUUGCUUGCGGGCUGAGGCAGGGCAGUGUGAUGAUUGAGACCCUGAAUUCAGAGCAGGCCAUCGACCCAAGCCAAGGCACCUUAGAUGAAGGAGGCGCAGAGCAGCAGGAUGGCUCGGCAGAAGGCCAGAGAUACUUGGUGUUUUGUGGUGAAAAUGCUAUGGCGGUAGUUUUGCCCCCAGGCUCUCUCUCUGAGAUGCAGGUCUUUGAUUCAUCAGGAAUGUAUCCUGUCUUCGGCCUUCCAGAGGCCUGUGACUACUCUCUAACCAGGGAAAACGGGAGGGUUGUUCUUCACAUCCACUUUGCUGGCUGUCCUGUCACUGUUGAGGAGGGCAGCUACACUCUGAGAUUCCUGUAUCGUAACAGCGCUGGGCAGCUUGAGAUCGUCACAGUGUCCUGCAGUAACUCCAGUCACGCGCCCUCUUCAAAAACGCGAUCUUCACGCCAUCCUGUUCUGUCCUACCCUGCUGUCAAGAUAUCCCCUCCCCAAGCAGUGCAGCUGUACUUUCCCUAUGGGGAGCCAGUGUCCGUUCCCCAACCUGAUCCACUGCCACUGGCAACACUGACCGCUUCCCCAUUGGAUCUGCUGUUCUUUCCUGAAUUUGAUCCGCUGUUCCCUGCACCAGGGGUUCCACUGCCGGCUUUCCAAUGGGAACAACCGUCUCCUACACCAACCAGUAUGCAUGUGCCGGCGAUGCCCUCGUCUCUUGGGCGUCGUUCAAAAUGCAAACAACGAGGGGAUCGACUCUCCUCUCCCCGAUUGGAGCCACUGUCCCCUACACCAGUGGAGCCACUGUCCUCUGCUGAAUUUGGUCCACUGUUCCCUACACCAGGGGAUCGACUCUCCUCUCCCAGAUUGGACCCACUGUCCUCUCCUGUAUUUGGUCCACUGUCCCCUACACCAGUGGAGCUACUGUCCUCUCCUGAAUUUGGUCCACUGUUCCCUACACCAGGGGAUCGACUCUCCUCUCCGCGAUUGGACCCACUGUCCUCUCCUGAAUUUGGUGCACUGUUUCCUACACCAGCGGAUCGACUCUCCUCUCCGCGAUUGGACCCACUGUCCUCUCCUGAAUUUGGUCCACUGUUCCCUACACCAGGGGAUCGGCUCUCCUCUCCGCGAUUGGACCCACUCGGAUCGACUCUCCUCUCCCCAAAGAAAGCCACUGUCCCCUACACCAGUGGAGCCACUGUCCUCUCCUGA